AUGAAUGACCCUAUGAUUCCCGAACGAGCUCUUUUGACGCUAAGGCGUGCAGAGGAAGCCGAGUUGAACAAUUGUCCAGAAGACCUCGAACACCCACCUAAUAUACACAGGGUUCGAAAGCUCUUCCCGUUCUCCGAGCUCAAGAUCUCCUAUUUGCCUAUUGUUAAUGCCAGAGGCAUUCGACUAUCACUAAUCAGGGAUAAUAUGCCUCUACGGUACUUGGGCUGGGCCUCACAGAGAAGCCUUCAAGAUCAGGUGAGACCUAUUAAUAGUAGCAGUGAACUUGGAGAUCGAGAUCCACAUGAGGACAGCCCCGAAGCCAGGAGACCCAGUCUUGAAUCAGUGUUCAGUGUGAAAGAUGGUCACGAGGCAGCCCAUAACGACCGCACAGAUGCGCUGGCAGAGCAGUUAUCAUCAAUGCUCGGAGAUGACGCGGACACUGUGGUCCUCCUUUGUUGGGGUCAACAAUACCAUUGUUCUAUUAUUCCUGUCUCAAUUUCUGAUGCAAGUGAUGAGGUCGCCAUGUGGACGAAAAUGAAUCAGGCAUGGUACACCCGCAGAGGUUGGUGGAGGCGAUAUAUUCCUUUCUUUGGUGUUGAACAUGUUGAUAUAGUGGAGGUCUGGCCCCCUGCAUUCAAGAGCCCCCGCUGUCCACCAAGUUGA